AAUGUAGUGGCCUACAAUCGGGCCAUUGGUGCUUGCACCAAGAGCCAGGACUGGCGGCAAGUGGCUGUCAUCAUGGAGGACAUGAUGCAGCUGACCGUGGAAGCCGAUGUCAUCACAUACAGUUCUGCGAUGAAUGCUUGCAGCAAGGCCCAUCGAUGGAGUUUGGCCUUGUGGCUCUUUGGAGAAAGCCUCAGGUCCGGAGGCAAUGUGAUCACCUACGGCAACGCCAUCAGUGCAUGCGAGAAGGGUCACCAAUGGCCUGCUGCUGUGCAGUUGCUGUUGGAACUACAGAUGAACACACUGCAGAGCAAUGUGAUCGUUUUCAGCGCGGCCAUCAGUGCAUGCGAGAAAGCUGGAGAAUGGCAAAUGGCCCUCGCUUUACUGGGCGAAUGCCAAGUCCAACGAGUGGAAGCCAACAGCAUCGCCUACAGCGCGGCCAUCAGCGCCUGUGAGAAAGGCCGGAAAUGGCCUGAAGCUCUUCACCUAUUGGCCUUCGCAAGCAGUACAACCGUUGAUGUGGUGAUGUACAAUGCAGUCAUUAGUGCCAUGGAGGAUUGGAAAUGGGCCGUGGCGUUGCUCCAAAAGCUGCAGGAGGAGAAACUGCAUCCUACAGUGAUCUCCUUCAACUCCUGCCUCGCAACCAUGAAAGGCGAAGCUUGGCGAAGAGCUCUUUGCAUCUUUGAGGAGAUGGUCACACUUCAGCUGAAGGCGACGCUGAUUAGCUACAACACUUUGAUCUCCUCGCUGGGCUCCUGUUACGACUCCUGGGAGAAGGCGCUGAUGCUACUGGAAGAGCUGCCACAGGAGCUGAGGCCCAACGCACGCACCUACACCGCUGCUAUGAGUGCCUGUGAGCAAGGCGAAUGCUGGGACGGGGCUCUGGCUCUUCUUGCUCUCAUCCCAGUUCCGGACCUCGUGGCCUACGGCAGUGCCGUGAGUUGCUGCCAGCGCCGCUGGCGCGAGGCCUUGGAGGUGCUGGAGCAGAUGCGACGGCGAGGACUUGAACCCAAUUUCAUCAUCUACAGUGCUGCCAUCGCCGCCUGCGAGAAAGGCGAAGAAUGGCAGAUGGCUCUACAGUUGUUGGAUCGCCUCAUUUCAGUGGACUCUAUAGUUCCCUUCAACUCCGCCCUCAGUGCUUGUGAGAAGUGCUGCGAAUGGACUUGGGCCCUGGAACUUCUGCAGUCGAUGGAGACGUCAGGCCUUGUGCCGGAUCAGAUCACCUUAAGCGCUGCCAUACUCGCCUGCGAUCGAGCCUGGCGUUGGCCAUCCGUCCUACAGCUCUUGCAGCAGCUGACGGAGAGUACAUUGAAGUUGGACGUUGUGACAUGCACUUCUUGCGUCUCAGCCUGCCAGAAGGGCGCACGAUGGCGAGAUGUUCUGACCUUGCUGGCAGCCGAAGACUUCGCGGGCCUUGAGUUGUUACGUUCCACAGAGGAGAUGUGGCUAAGCUGAUGGCGCCAAGUUGCCG